GAUGGGCGAAUCCAGAAAUUUGCAUUCGAUUCCGAUUCUGAAUACUUCUGAGACUGGAAUCGAUGGAAUCGAAUACCGAUUCCGAGACUACAUCUGCGCAUGCGCAAAGCCACGUGGUAUCAAUUACAGCAAUAAUUAAGGUAUUAACUACUGAUUUAUUAAUUAUUAUUAAUAUUAAAAGGUGUGGUUGGGUGUGGUUUAAUUCGGAAUCGUUUCAAACGAUUCCUACUUCUCUUUCGAUACGAGUACGAUUCCAUUCGGAAUCGAAGGAUCGAAUACUCCGGACUCGGAAUCGCCCAUCACUAAUAAUCAGUAUGGAUGCUUCGACUCGAGCUGCUUCAACUGUAAUAGAAGCUGAGGAGGUUGUUCUACCUGGAGGAGAGCUAAAGAAAGGACCAGUAUACGUCAGUAUAGUACAAGAUACCAUUACUGAUAUUACCAGUACUCGCCCACCAACAGUUAAAGAUGUGAUUAAGACUCAUUUAUUGACUCCUGGCUUCAUUGACUUACACAUUCAUGGAUUAGGUGGAACCAAUGAUGUGAUAGAUUUCUGGUCAAACCCAGGCUACACACUCUCUCUUCUACCAAUGGCAGGUACCACAAGUUGUCUAGCAACCAUUGUCUUCCCUAAGAGCUCAUCUCAACCAACCACUCUACGAUUAUUUGAUAAGUUAAAAGACGUUAUUGGUAGGACUGAUACUGGCGGUGCAGUACUGGAAGGAAUUAAUGCUGAAGGUCCUCUAGUGAAUGAUUUUGGUGGUCUCCCUGAGAGUGAGAGACACAUGACAGAGACUGACUUUGAGUUAUUAAUAGACUCAAUACCAUCAAUCAAGAUAAUGACUAUUAGCCCACACAUUGAGGCCAGACACAAUUAUAAAAGACUAAAACUACUAAUUAAAAAGUAA